AUGAAUACAGCUGCCGUUCUUAUUUAUGCUCUCACCUGUUGUAAGUAUACCUGCAACUUAUAUUCUUAUUAGUAUAGGUAAUCAUGCGAUGGCGAGUACAGUUAAUUAGGGAUUAAUAGUACGAGUGAUGUUUGGAAAUUUUGCUAAAAUUGGACGAGCCGCCGGGUCCAAUUUGGCAAAUUUCCAAACACGAAUAUUAUUAAUCCCUAAUUGUACGAGCAACAUCGCAUGAUUACUUGUUUAUUAUUAGCAUGACAAAAUUGGAUACGUACUUCUCAAUGUCAACACAUUCUCUCGCCAAAGCCCAGUUCUGCCACACUUUCAACCAAAAUUUGAUGCUUUUGUUUGUAUUUUCAUUUAGUUCUUUUGUUGAAGCAAAAUUUGGUGCUUUUGUUCGUAUUUUCAUCCAGUUCCUUCACGGCAAUUUCAUUUCACGCCUGUGUUUAAAAUACCUUUCCGCCAUUUUGUUUGUUUUGGGAAAAUCAUUAAUUGUACUGCAGUACAAUUAAUGAAAUAAUUGUACUCCUCUCAACCAAUCAGCAUCCAGUAAUUUUGCCAUGCUAAUAAUAAUACACUUAAUGUUUGCUCCCGAAGGAAAUAGCUUUGAUUUCCCGAGGAGCUCAAUGUCGAAGGGAAACAAAACUAUUAUACAUAACAAUAUACAUAAAUCAACAAUAUACAUACAACAAUAUUCAUACAAUAUUCUAAAGCCACGUGACCACAAAUUAGCCAAUCACGUUUGGUAUUCACCCUUGCUAUAUAACAAUGAUCAUUGAAGACCAAUAUAUACUCUAAGACAAUGAAAUAAUAGUAUUGAAGCAGGCAAAUUGUCAUGUGUGUUUGGCAGGUGUAUCAGGGUACGUGGCCAGUUCUCUGUAUAAGAAGAUUGGGGGAGAAAAUUGGGUGUGGAACGUUGUCUUGACUUCUACUUUAUUUUCAGGUACUGUACUGUUGCAACACACACUUAUUAUCAGUUUAGUAUGAAACCAUUAUUGCAUGCAGGGUGUUAGCUAGCCCAUAUAUACUGUCCGUUUGACGGACUCUUCCCAAUUGAAGUAGCUAAGGGGCUUUCCCAACCGGGUCUACUGGAAGAUUUUCAUUUUUUCUGAUGAGAAAGUGCAAUGCGUUUGAUUAUAUAUUAUAUUAUAUCAAAGAACGUUUUAUUUACUUUUUCCCAUUAACCAUUUUCGCAAAAUGUAUCGCGUUUCACUCAUAUUGGGUGUGUAUUCACUGAAAUGAAAUGUACAACACAAAGUAUAAUCGGUGUGCAUCCGUGUUCAUUCACCGGAAAUGAAAUACACAAAACGAAGUGCCAUGGGGUGUAUUUCUCAGUGUUCAUUCACCGGAAAUGAAAUGUACAAAAACAAGCUACCGUUGUUUGCAUCUAAGGAGAAAUAUGUUGGGAAAAAACACUAGUUAUUCCUACACAAGGACUUUGAUCAGUCAAAAAAACUUUCCCGAUUUACGUUUAACGGACAAAACGUUUUUUUCUGGCUAACACCCUGUAUUGACUGGCAUAACGAGAUCUGUAUCAUAUCAGAAAUUUGACAAUGAUUAAGUUUAUCAAGAUGAGGUUUUUUACUAUAAAGAUACAUUACAUUUCUUCUCAGAAUGACCCAAAUAUUAAACAUCCCGAAAAUUAUAUUUGGGAUUAGUCGCACUUUAAAGCCAAAUUGAUUAUAUUUUAGUUCCAUUUUUCUUCAUCUGGAGUGUAAUGAAUUCAGUGGCAUGGUACAAUCAAUCAACUCAAGCCUUACCUUUCACAACUAUAGUUCUUCUCUCGCUCAUCUGGUUAAUUGGUACGUUAUUUAAUUAUUCCAUUCAAAACUACACACGGAAAAACUCACAAGUUGUAACAAACUUGCAUCAGACUUGUAACGAUGCCGUUCCAACAACUUGUCAACAGGAUGUGUUCGCACUGCUUGUUCGCGUCUUGUUGACAAGUUGUCAACGGCUUGUUCAUUAAUGGUAUUUCAAAGUGAAUAUAAUUAUUUUCUCUGAAUUAUAGUCGGUUUUCCUCUCACUGUCAUUGGUGGAAUUUUUGGAAGAAAUUGGUCGUCGCCUUUCAGUGCUCCAUGUCGUACCAAAAAUAUUCCCAGAGAAAUACCACAACCUAUUUGGUAAGUCACGUUAUUUAUUAUAUUAAAGUCAUGUUAUUUAUUUUUACUACGAAUUAGAACUAGCAGAAUAUACAUCGAAAAUAGAACCCUUAACCGACCUUACCUAUUAACUGAGUCAUUCUUUGGAACAACCUGCCACACUAAAAUCAAACCUACAACGACAUUAUAUUGGACAAACUUAAAACUGUUUUGGAUGUUUGAUAGGCCAAGAACAUACAAAACUAAUAGACAACUUGCAUGUCACACUAAUUUUUGAUCUAGGCAAAAAAAGUAAAUUCCCAUAAAGAACUUGCAAAAUAGAGCCUUGCGAAGUUUGCAUAUUUUGUAUAUGUUUGUGUAUUACGUGCGGAAAUUGUUACCAUUUUUGAGCCGAAAAUGGAACAAUUCGCGCACGUAAUACAAACAUGUACAAAAUUUGCAAACUUUGCAAGGCUACACUUUCCAAACUUUAUAUCAUUUCGCGACCAAAUGUUGCAGUUUUACUAAUUUCAUUAUGUUCUUUUUAUAGCUGUGGUGUUUGAUUCCCUUCUCUUUACUUAGAUUAAAAUUUAGUCUAAUAUGCAAGUUGUCCAUUAGUACUCUUUAUAUAAAGAAUACUAAUGAGACGGCAUCUAUUGCAGUCGUGUUUGAAGCUAUUCGAAACACUUGUAGUCGUGUUUUAUCAUGUCUAAAAUGUUCGUGAUGCGCACUCGCAUUUUAUGGACACUCCUACGCUCGUGUUUUAAAUAGUACAUAAAUUAAAAAGUACUGGAAAAUUGUAGGGCUUUAUGAUAUUUCCCUUGUACGUAAUUGUACUUAUUGCAUGCACUUACUAUACAGUAAGUGAUGUUAAUUUUUACAUGUUUGAUCUUAGGUAUCGGUCAGCUUUUGUGCAUAUGAUAGUUGGCGGUUUUCUACCUUUCAGGUAUUGCAAAUAGUUUUUUUUGUUUAUCUACAUAAUAAUAUCAGUUCGGUCUGAACUGUUCUCCCUAUAGUGCUCCAGUAAGUUCCACCCCUUAUUGGUUCGAUAUAGGUUUCAGACUUCCACUAACUGGCUUAGUUCGCAUCUGAUUGGUUAAUCGAAUAUAUCCAACGCAUCUGAUUGGUUCAUGGUCCCUUAAUGGUAGCGGUAGUGGAAGUCAAAUCUGAACCUCUAUAUUGUUACCACACGAGGAAACUUGCUGGCUAUGCCUUAUUGGGGAUUUAUUCACGCGUUUUAGUCUACACUAAUUUUUCGGAAGAUUGAGUUUUAGUAGGAGAACACUUCCCCACUUCCACGAAAACCCCCACCCUGGUAAAAAUGCUCUUUUAAAACAGAAUGUAGACCUACUUCUUACAAUAUUCUCAUUUUGUAAUGUAAUAUAUUUAUUGUCUAGUGCGAUAUCAGUAGAACUGUACUACAUAUUUUCAACCAUCUGGGGACAUGAUCACUACACAUUAUAUGGCAUAUUGUUGAUAGUAUUCCUGAUCUUACUCAGUGUCACUGCCUGUAUAUCUAUUGCAUUGACGUACUUUCAACUGUCCAGUGAAGACUAUAGAUGGUGGUGGAGAUCUGUUUUUAGUUCUGG